UUAAUUGACAAUACACGUGUCAGCUCAAGAUGACGUUUCAACACAGUGCACCAAACUCAGAUAGAAUAUCUCAUUGAGAUUAGUACCAUCUCAUAUGGCAGCGACCAUAAUUUCGUCACCGACGGUUUUCCCUCUUUCUCCUUUUCGCCGUCGAAGCCGAUACACUGAGAGAAUCCCCAGGAUUUCCUCGAUCCGGUGCUCCUCAUCUCCAUCGCCAUCCAUGGACGGGCACCUAAAGCGUGUGGUGGUAUGCGGUGGCGGCGUUAUCGGAGUGUGCACGGCUUAUUUCUUAGCUAAGAAGGGCGCCGCUGUUACUCUCGUGGAGAAAGCGUCGGUGGCAUGCGCGGCGUCAGGGAAGGCCGGAGGGUUCCUCGCUUUAGAUUGGUGUGACGGUGGGCCUCUCUCCUCUCUCGCUCGAGCCAGCUUCCAUCUCCACCGAUCGCUUGCCGAAGAGCUCAAUGGCCCCGAAUCCUAUGGCUACCGCCCUCUCCACACACUCAGCCUCACCAUCACUGAAUCGCAAGCCCAAAAAAAGCCCUCUACUUCCCGAAAUAAAAAUCUUCCAUCCUGGAUUGAUGGGCCAGCCCGAGAUCCGAGAACAAUCGGGUCAACGGAAACAACGGCCCAAGUCCACCCACAGUUAUUUACUCAGACUCUUCUAUCGAAGGCGACGGAGAAUGACGGAGUUGAGGUGGUGAAAGGGAAAGUGGAGAGAGUAGGUGUGGAAGGAGGACGAGUUGACUCGGUGGUGCUGGCGGGAGGACGAGUUAUCAACUCAGACUUAGUGGUUUUAACGCUUGGGCCUUGGUCUGGGAAGUUUGAGAUGCUGAGUUCGUUGUUUAGAGUUUAUGGGUUAAAGGCCCACAGUAUAAUUUUGGAGCCGAAAGAGCCUGCUGCUAUAACGCCCCAUGCACUGUCUCUGCGUUAUUACCCAGCUCAGGGAGGAAGACCCAUGGACCCAGAAGUCUACCCUCGUCCAACAGGGGAGGUGUACGUGUGUGGAAUGUCAUCGACGGUGGAAGUUCCCGAGGAUCCAGAGGAGAUAGUGGGUGACCCAGAGUCGAUAAGGGUGCUAAAGAGGGUGGCGAGGACAGUUUCAAGCCAUUUGGAGGAAGGAGAGGCAGCAGUGAAGGCGGAGCAAGCGUGCUUUUUGCCUUGCACUGAUGAUGAUAUGCCUGUGAUUGGCGAGAUUCCAGGGGUGAAGGGAUGUUAUGUUGCCACUGGACAUAGCUGUUGGGGUAUUUUAAAUGGCCCAGCUACUGGGGCUGCCAUGGCUGAGCUUGUUUUAGAUGGAAAAUCUAGUAUUGUUGAUCUUUCAAGGUUCAGCCCAGCCAGAUUUGUUGGGCUCCCAAGGGUGUAGUUGUAUAUGAUAUUAUUAUUUUGUAAAAUUAUACUAUGAGAUUUACAA